UUGUGUAUUGUGGUGGGCUUGUGCGCUGUCACGGGUCACAUGACGCGAAUAUUGCCUCCUGACUUGAUUUUGUCUCUUUACAGCUGUGUCUUUGCUACCCACCGCACUCCAGACCCUCCCGAGCUACUGCUACACCGAAUAACUGAACAUGGCGGACCAAGCAUAUGUGACUCUGGCCACAAAUGACAACUAUGCCAAAGGAGCGAUGGUUCUGGGGAGGUCGCUACGCAACCAUAACACUACCAAACAACUGGUGGUUCUGAUUGGACCUCACGUAGCAGAGCCCAGCAGGGCCAUGCUGAGUUGCAUCUAUGACGAGGUGUGUGUGGUGGAUAUCUUGGACUCUGGUGACACGGCCAACCUGGCCCUGAUGAAGAGACCAGACCUUGGAGUGACCUUCACCAAGCUGCACUGCUGGACACUCACACACUACACCAAGUGUGUGUUUAUGGACGCAGACACACUGGUGUUGUCCAACAUCGAUGAGCUGUUUGAGAGGGAGGAGUUAUCUGCUGCGCCUGAUCCUGGUUGGCCAGAUUGUUUCAACUCGGGUGUGUUCGUCUUCAAACCGUCCAAUGAAACAUACCGCAGCCUUAUGACACACUGCACUGAGAACGGCAGCUUUGAUGGUGGGGACCAAGGAGUUCUGAACAGUUUCUUCAAUACCUGGUCAACAGCAGACAUUUCCAAACACCUGCCUUUCAUCUACAACCUCAGCAGCAUCGCUAUAUACACCUAUCUACCAGCCUUCAAACAGUACGGUCAUGAGGCUAAGGUGGUCCAUUUCCUGGGGAAGGUGAAGCCAUGGAACUACUCCUAUGACACCCAGACUGGGAAGGUCAAAGGUCACACCCUCACGCCUGGCUCGGGUGACCUGAACCCUGACUUCCUGGUUCAGUGGUGGAACCUCUACUCCUCUGGGGUCCUACCUGCUCUCAGAGACUCAUAUGGAGACGCACUGUUCUGCUCCGGCUGCACUGAGGAGGAGGUCUGUGACAGUGUGGUUGAGAUCAUCCUCCCCCCGCCUCCCCCUCAGGCGCCCCAGGUGUCCAGUGAGGAGAGGAGGCAGCGAUGGGAGGCGGGCCAGGCGGACUACAUGGGCGCCGACUCCUUCGAAAGCAUCCAGAGGAAACUGGACUGCUUCCUCAAGUAGAGGGCCAGAGGAGGGAUGACUGACGGAGAGGGCAUGCAUUGGCAGGCCUGAGAUGCGUCAGUCAGGGCGGGGAUCAACUGGCAUUCGACCAAUCAGAAGAGAAAGCGGUAGAGCAUGACGUAUUGAAAAACAGUCACAUCCUGGGCCUCUCUCUCGCUCUCUGUUUUUCUCUGUGUGUGUGUGUUCGUGCGUCUGUGUGGCCUGGUCCUGCAGAAAUAACCCCUGCAGAGACCGGUCCAUUCAGUGUUUGAACACCAGUUUACUACACUAUGCAGCCCCCAUACCACCACCUCAGCGCAGAAGCCUUGGUCAGUAAGUAAUGACUCAGUAAUAACCUCACUGUGACUCUGCCUCACCAAGUCCCAUCCAGACCCCAUGACUCUAACAGCUCUAACCCAGUUACUCAGUCAAGCCUGAUAAUGAUCGGGCAGUCGUGCUUUUACUCUUUAAAGUAUUCAGAGAUGGGUCGGUAUGAAGUAUUUCCCUCUAUAAAAUGGAAGAACUUUUAUUUUGUCUAUUAAAGUUUGCAUCCCAGUGGUUAUUUCUGCUCUCCAUAUGUGUGUUGUGCAUGGUUGUUUCUUUAUAUUAGGAUUAUUGUGAAGGAAGCCCAUUUCUAAAGUGGAAAACCCACCGUAGCACUUGUCAUUUCGCCAUGUCCUGUUUGUCAUCUCUUCCUGAGGGGUUUCAUCACUUCCUGUGUAGUCUGACCAGUUGCCUUACCACUGUCAAAGACUCUUAUUUCACAACUAGGCCUAUUCUAGUUGUGGCCGUUCACUGUUUACAGAAAACACUUCUCUGCUGCUGCCCCCCCCCCCCCCUUCACAUCUACUCCAUUCAGACCUACCUCUACGCUCCUCCAGCUCCACUCUACUCCAUUCAACCCUCCUACAGACUUACCUCCACGCUCCACUCUACUCCAUUCAACCCUCCUACAGACUUACCUCCACGCUCCACUCUACUCCAUUCAACCCUCCUACAGACUUACCUCUACACUCCACUCUACUCCACCCUUCUCUACUCUCAACUUGACAACCCACCCUCCAACAUCAACACCCUGAAGUGUGUACCUUCAUCCCACCUUGUGGAUUUAAAAGGAAUGGACUGGUAUGAAGAAAAUCAUGUCAGAUAUUAUUUUGUCAUGGUGAAAACUCAAGUCCAUGAUUAAUCCAAUGCUUUCACAUCCAUGAAGGGGACUGAGCAGGUCAAGUGCACACGGGGGCAUAAGGCCAGAAGGGAAUCCUAACACACACAGCCUAAAAUGAUAUAGUAAGUAAUGGGACUGUAGUUUUGUGGUCCCUCUUAAUACACCCACAAACGGCUCUAUAGAGAAGUUUCCAAACGCUGUGAAACCUUGUGUGUUCUGAACACACCCCGGUAGUUCUCACUGUUUCUGUUCUCUGUAGACACCUAAUAAAGGACUGGUGAAGAAGUC